ACGGGUUGUCUAUGUGUUGCAGGGAGCUGCCGGUCCUCCAAAGCUGCUCUCCCCUCUGGCGAAGAGGGGGCUCAAGAUGACCAACCCAAGGUGUUUCGGAAGAAGGAAAGGGAGAUCUGAUGUACGCAUGUUGAUGGGACUCACUGUCUUGGUGUUGGUCAGUAGUGUCUGCAACGCGGCCUCCAUUUUUGUGAAUGAGUCGGAUACAUGUGCGGUGGCCCCGGCCAGUCGAUUUGACUGUGCACCAGAGAAAGGGCUAACGAAGGAAGAAUGUGAGGCUCGUGGCUGCUGCUAUUCUCCAGCCGGAAACCGUCUGGACAUCGGGCAGCCAUGGUGCUUCUUCCCCUCGACGUAUCCAAGCUACAAGCUGACCAACAAAACCGAGACAGAACACGGAUUUACUGCCACCCUGCUUCGAUCCAAGGAGACCUUCAUGCCAAACGAUAUUAUGACUUUGCAGCUUGUGGUUUCCUUUGAGACAGAAGACCGACUGCAUUUUACUAUUAAAGACCCAGCACAAAAGCGAUAUGAAGUUCCCAUAAGAACUCCACGUGCAGAAGGAAAAGCUGCCAAUACUCAUUAUGAUGUCCAAAUUACCGCCGACCCCUUCAGUCUCGUAGUGAAAAGAAAGGGAAAUGGUCAGGAACUAGUGAACACUGCCUUGGCUCCACUUCUGUUUGCAGAUCAGUUUUUGCAGAUUUCUACAUCUCUUCCCUCUCAAUAUGUAUAUGGUUUGGGGGAGCAUCUCACUUCCAUUAACCUCAACACCAAUUGGUCCCGACUAACUUUUUGGAACAGGGAUAUUACUCCUCAGAAAGAAGCUAAUUUGUAUGGUUCGCAUCCAUUCUAUUUGGCUUUGGAAAAAGAUGGUUCAGCUCAUGGGGUGUUCCUGCUCAACAGCAAUGCCAUGGAUGUGCUUCUUCAACCCACCCCAGCCCUUACCUGGAGAACCAUAGGAGGCAUCUUGGACUUUUAUGUCUUUUUAGGCCCAGAGCCCAAAUCGGUGAUUCGCCAAUAUCAUGAAGUGAUUGGACUUCCCUUCAUGCCCCCCUUUUGGAGCCUUGGAUUCCACAUAUGUCGCUGGGGAUAUUCAACUUCAAAUUUGACUCGAGAGGUUGUGAGAAACAUGAGCAAAGCCAACAUGCCUUUGGAUGUACAGUGGAACGACAUCGACUACAUGGAUGAAUAUCGAGACUUUACAUAUGACAAACAGCGUUUUGGCGAUUAUCCUAACAUGGUCAAAGAUUUCCACGCCGAGGGCCUUAAAUACGUAAUGAUUGUGGAUCCAGCCAUCAGCACUACAGCCCCCCAUGAUAGUUACCCUCCUUAUGAUGAUGGACUAAAGAGAGGCGUUUUUAUCACAAAUGCAACUGGCCAGCCUCUUGUUGGCAAGGUUUGGCCGGGUCUUACAGUGUUCCCCGAUUUUACAAAGCCGGAAACAUUUCAUUGGUGGUACGAUAUGGUGAAGAGCUUUCAUGACCAGGUUCCUUUUGAUGGCUUGUGGAUAGAUAUGAAUGAACCCUCUAACUUUGUCGCUGGUUCAGUAGACAGUUGUCCAGACAACAAUAUUGAAAAGCCUCCAUACGUCCCAGCCGUAGUGGGAGGUGCAUUAAGCCACGCUACAAUCUGUGUGUCAAGUCAGCAGCAUCUCUCUUCACAUUAUAAUCUUCACAAUCUGUAUGGACUGUCCGAGGCAAUAGCAUCCCACCAUGCUUUGGUGAGGAUCCGGGGAAAACGCCCUUUUGUGAUCUCCAGAUCCACGUUUUCCAGUCAUGGUCACUAUGCAGGUCAUUGGACAGGUGAUGUGGAAAGUACCUGGGAACAGCUCUACUACUCAAUACCUGGCAUAUUACUUUUCAACAUGUAUGGUGUUCCUCUGGUUGGGGCAGACAUAUGUGGUUUUGGUGGGAGUACAACAGAAGAGUUAUGUGUGCGAUGGAGUCAACUUGGUGCCUUUUACCCAUUUAUGAGAAAUCAUAAUAAUCGUGAUAGUCAGCCGCAAGAACCCUAUGUUUUCUCCAAGCAAUCUCAAGAAGCCAUAAGGAAUGCUUUGCGCAUUCGAUAUUCGCUGCUUCCAUAUCUUUAUACGUUGUUUCAUAAGGCGCACAGUCUGGGAGAAACUGUCGCUCGUGCACUUUUUCUUGAGUUCCCCACUGACCAAAACACUUGGACAAUUGACCGCCAGUUUCUCUGGGGAAAUGCACUGCUGAUCACCCCGGUCCUCGAACAAGGAAAGACUGAAGUAAAUGGAUACUUUCCUGAGGGAAGUUGGUAUAUGCUUCAGACGGGUGUGAAAAUUCAAAGCAAGUGCCAAUGGAUAAAUCUUUCGGCACCAAUGGAUACGAUUAAUGUUCAUGUUAGAGGUGGCCACAUUUUACCUACACAGAUUCCAGGGAUGACCACUGAGGAGACCCGUAGGAAUAACCUGACCCUAGUGGUGGCGCUUACGCCAGACGGGUUUGCCCGAGGAGAACUAUUCUGGGAUGAUGGAGACAGUUUAGGGUCUUUUGAGAGGAUGGAUUAUACUGAAGUGGUGUUCAUUGCUACAAAUAAUGCACUUGUCAGCGAGGUGAUACACUUGACCAGUGAAACAGCCAGCCUGACGCUGGCAUCAGUGGACGUAUAUGGCAUCCCAAACCCUCCCAAGAAGGUGCUGGUUAAUCAGGUGCCCACCAAAGACUUUGCAUUCAGAGCAGAUACCAAGGUUUUCACGAUAUCGAAGCUCCAUCUACAGAUCGGAUCUGAGUUUGCCAUUACAUGGUCUUGAUGCUGCUGCUCAGCUUCGAGAAAUAAGAAGUCCUCGGAGUUCAGAUGCUUCUUAAAUUUGUUGUCUUCCAAGAUCUUGAUUUGCCUUCUACAUUAAGGGGGAGCCGAGAGCGUCUGGAAUAUUCUUGCUUUGCUAAUAAUGAGAAAUGAUCGUUAUGAUAUUGAUUUGCCGUAAUGUUUGAUAUGCUGAUAGGUGCGGGUCCCACCCCAAACGUUCACCUAUCAAAACAAUGAGAAUUCCAAUUCCCAGUCACCACACUAUGCAUACAGUUCAGCGGAGAGGGGGCCCAUGCAUGCACAUUGCCGUCUCCAUCAGAGAAAGCCUCAUGUAAACCAUUGAACUAGAUGUACAGGCACAGGGUGUUCAAUUCGUGACAAAAAAAAAUAUUCAAUUCGUGACAAAUUACUUAGCCUUGAAGCGCAUUUAUUUGUAUGUAGCGGGCGCAAUGACUGGGAACAGUGAUUGUGCCGCCCCCCAUCAUUGAACCUCUCAGAUGCCGUGUUCAUCGCUGAUUGUGGGAUCUGAGAUUAAAAUGAAGGCCGUUCAGGGGCUAAUCCAGUUAUAAAAAAUAAAAUAAAAUAAAAA